AUGGAUAAUAGUGAGACAAGAACGCGUUGUCGGGAGAUACUGUCUAAAGUGUUUUUGGAACGGAUUGAGGGGCGGGAUGCUGAACGAUCGGCACAUUUAGGAAUGAUGUUAGAAGAAGAAAUUCAGAGAAGAUCUGAUAGUCCGAAUGAGUACAGUAAAUUGUUUCGAUCUAAGUACUUGAAUUUGAAAGAGGCAACUAAUAAGUGGUUAUGUGCGAGUGUUUAUAAUGGAGUGAUUGAUGCUGUUUCUUUCAUUAAGAUGUCUAGUGAGGAGAUGAAGUCGAAAGAGUUGAAAGAAUUGGAGGCCAAAAUACUAGAAAGGUCUAUUUUAGACUCAACUAUAGCUAAACAGGAGGCAGAAACGGAUAUCUUCUUUUGUAAUAAGUGCAAGCAAAGGAAGUGUACUUAUCGGCAAUUACAGACUCGUAGUGCUGAUGAACCAAUGACUACUUAUGUGCACUGUGUGGUUUGUGGUAAUAAUUGGAAGUUCUGCUAA